GCCCCGCCCUUUAUUAUAAUGUAGCCCCGCCCACCGGCCCUCUUCGAACGUCCCCCAGCUUGGCCGCGCCUCGGCCCCCGACCGCUCCCCGAGUCUCCCCAAGGCCGCGCGGUUUGCGGCUCCCUCGGCUCCCUCCGCUUCCACCACCACCACCACCCCAGCCCGCCCGGGGUCUCCCGCAACCACCACCCCCCCCAGCCUCCACCGCCCUCAGUGCGGGUGCCAGAUGCGAAGAGGCGGCGGCGGAGGAGGAGGAGGCGGCUCUCGAGUCCUCGGGAGAAGCAGCGCGGCGGCCAGGUUUUCCCGGGAGGAGUGGUGAGGAGCUGCCCGCCAGCGAUCCCCGUCACGAUGAUGCGACUGAAGCUCAAGCGGCCGGGUCACGACCCCCAUCGUGAGAAGCUGAAGCAGGAGCUCUUUGCCUUCAACAAGACCGUGGAGCAUGGCUUCCCGCAUCAGCCCAGCGCGCUGGCCUACGACCCCGACCUGCGGCUCAUGGCCAUCGGUACCAAGUCCGGCGCCGUCAAAAUCUACGGUGCUCCGGGAGUGGAGUUCACCGGACUGCACCGCGACAUCGCCAUCGUCACGCAGCUCCACUUCCUGCCAGGACAGGCGCGCGUGGUCUCGCUGCUGGACGACGGCUCGUUGCACCUCUGGGAGAUCGUGGAGAAGGACGGAUACUCGACGCUCACCGAAGUCCAGGCUUUCACCAUCCCGAGCCGGCCAGGGUCUGAACAACAUCCAAACGCUCCGCCCAGCCUGGCGCGCGUCACGGUGCUGUCGGCGAGCGUGGCCGGCGACCGCCUCUACGUGGGCACCGAGGGCGGCGUCGUGAGCCAGCUCGAGCUGCCCGCCAUGCGCCUGCUCGACGACCUGACGCUCACGCAGGAGGACCUGCUGCACGGAGUACCGGACGAGUACCGCGGCGGCAAGGCGCUGGGCCCCAUCGAGGCGGUGCAGGAGCACCCGCGGGACCCCAACCGCCUCCUCGUGGGCUUCAGCCGCGGCCUCAUGCUGCUGUGGGACCAGGCGACGCGCCGCAUGCUCCGCUGCUUCCCCACGGCGCAGCAGCUGGAGAGCGUGACCUGGCAGAGGAACGGAACGCAGUUCGUGAGCUCGCACAACGACGGCAGCUACCGCGUCUGGCACACAGGCAGCAGCAGCGCGGAGGAGGAGGACGGCGAGGGGGGGCACAAGAUCCCCUACGGACCCUACCCCUGCAAAGCCAUCAACAAGAUCCAGUGGCUGCUAACGAGAGGGGAUCCGUACAUCGUGCUGAGCGGCGGAAUGCCACGCGCCAGCUACGGCGACCGCCACAGCGUCACCGUGAUCCACGGCACCAGGCACGUCGCCUUCGACUUCACGUCCCGCGUCAUCGACUUCUUCACCGUCUGUAACGAGGCUCCCGACAGCGAGUACGACGCGCCGCAGGCCCUCAUCGUGCUGGUGGAGGAGGAGCUGGUGGCCAUCGACCUGCGCUCGGAAUCCUGGGCCCCGAUGCCGCCACCCUACCUGGCGUCGCUGCACUCGUCCGCCAUCACCUGCUCGCACCACGUCUCCGCCGUGCCGCUCAAGAUCUGGGAGCGCAUCGCGCGCUGCGGCCGCAAGCAGGAGGACGAGAAGAACAAGUCGCACGCCGAGUGGCCCGUCAACGGAGGCAUCAACAGGAACACGGAGCCCGCGCUGAGAGACCUGCUGCUCACUGGACACGAGGACGGCUCGGUGCGGUUCUGGGACGCGUCGGGGGUGGCGCUGAAGCAGCUCUACAAGCUGGGCACGGCCAACGUGUUCCUCACCGAGGCCGACCACGCCGCGGAGGGCGAGGACGAGGAGUGGCCGCCCUUCCGGAAGGUGGGCUGCUUCGACCCCUAUAGCGAUGACCCACGGCUUGGCAUUCAGAAGAUCUCCCUGUGCAAGUUCAGUGGGCAGAUGGCAUUGGCUGGCUCGGCUGGACAGGUGCUGGUGAUGGAGCUGAACGACGACGAGGUGGAGCACGAGGUGGACGUUUACACGGUGGACCUGCUCGAGGAGAACGAGACGUUCCGCUGGAAGGGACACGAGCGGCUGACGCAGCGCGCCGGCCGCAUCCGCUUCCCCGCCGGCUUCCAGCCGCAGCUGCUCGUGCAGUGCUCGCCCCCGGCGUCCGUCACGUCGCUGGCGCUGCACCCCGAGUGGCGCCUCGUGGCGUUCGGCACCAGCCACGGGCUGGCGCUGUUCGACCUCCAGCAGCGCCGGGCCGUUAUGUCCAAGUGCACGCUGCACCCCAACGACGCGCUGGCGCUCGAGGGCCCCCUGUCGCGCGUCAAGUCGCUCAAGAAGUCCCUGCGCCAGUCGUUCCGCAGGAUCCGCAAGAGCCGCACGUCGGGGCGCAAGCGGCCGCCCAGGGACGGCGCCAACAAGUGUCUCAGUACUCAGGGCCGCCUGGAUAAAGUGCAGGAGGCAGAGGGCGAGGUCGAGUUGGCGCCUGUGCAGCGCCGCAUCGAGGCUCGCUCCGCCGACGACUCCCUCUCCGGCGUCGUCAAGUGCAUUUACUUCGCCGACACGUUCCUGCGCGACGGAUCACACCACGGACCCAGCCUGUGGGCCGGCACCAACGCUGGCAUCAUCUUCGCCUACACCAUCGACGUGCCGUCGUCCGAGCGCCGGUCGGAGACUCCGGUGGAAGCUCGGCUAGCCAAGGAGAUCCAGCUGAUGCACCGUGCCCCCGUGGUGGGCCUCACCGUGCUGGACGGGAAGGGCAGCCCCCUGCCCGAGCCGCUGGAGGUGCUGCACGACCUGGCCAAGACGCCCGAGAUGGGCUCAAGCCACUCGCUGCUGAUCGUCUCCGAGGAGCAGUUCAAGGUGUUUGCACUGCCACGCGUCGGCGCCAAGAACAAGUUCAAGCUGACGGCGACGGAGGGGUCGCGCGUGCGCAAGGUGGCGCUGGCCACGUUCGCCAGCGCGGCGCCGGCGGGGGAGGACUACAGCGAGAGCUGCCUCGUGUGCCUCACCAACCUGGGCGAGGUGCACGCCUACAGCGUGCCCGCACUGCGCCUGCAGGCGCGCCACAGCUGCAUGCGCCGGGAGGACGUGGGCGGCAUCGCCUCCUGCGUCUUCACCAAGUCGGGACAGGGCUUCUAUCUGAUCUCCCCUUCGGAGUUUGAGCGCUUCUCCCUCUCCGCCAAGAGCAUCACGGAGCCGCUGUGCGCCGUGCAGCCCAAGGCUCGUGACGUCCCCACCAGGCAUUCGGCCAAGGACAGGCAGAGGAACAGCACGAGGAGCAACGGGAGCAGCUCGUCUGUCGGAGAAGGCAAGAAAAAGGGAAAGAUCAUGGAGAACGCCCUGUUGACCGACUCGACCGUGCUGGAGGAGAUCCAGGAGACUCUGAGCUCGUCCAACGCGGCAGCGGCGGCGGCUGCUGCGGAGGCCAAGGCCGGUGGUCGCGUGGGAGCCAAGCCGGCGCCCUGACUCGAGAAGCAGGAUGGAAACUCGUUUUGCGCGGAGAUAGUUAACCGACGGCUCCUGGAACCUACCUUCCCUCGCUCUCUCUCUCCCUCUCUCUCCCCCAAACCCGUCGCUCGCCAACGGAGACCCCAACGGAUUCACACACCGCACGUAAAGACAAAUAUCCCCCCCACAUAGCCUUCUUCAACACGCUGUUGUGGGGCAAGUGCUGUUAGCGUGUAGCAGCGCCUAUGAAAGCCGCCACGGCGCACGAGGCGGUGGUGUGGCCAGCACGAAGACCGGGGCCGCCUUUGUCUCCCCCAGUGGUGAUGUUUACACACCGCGUCAGGUACUCAUUUAAGGUUCAGUCGACCCAAGGGGAGGCCCAGGGCCAGUUCAGAUAAAUCGCCACUGUUACUGGUCGUGAGCGGGAAUCGAAGUCCGGUGCGCUUGCCCGCUACACUACCGCUCCCCCAACAAAUACAACAACAACAACAACAGCCGUUAUUCGCCGCACGCACUCUCGCACACACACACGACAACAACAACAACAACCGCCGUUCACCACUAAGUGGCGGCGACGUCACCGUGGCGCUUGUGCCGUGCGUAGACGCACAUUGGGGCCACGUGAAGUGUCGAAGGCCAAACGCUGGCAGGAGGUCACGGAAGCGGUGCCCCCAGGUGCGACGCACACACGCACAAUGCCUCUUCCCUUCAGCUAAACGUCGAGCCCGUUACCCCUCAGGCUCCCGCCAGUCCGUGCCUUUACGCCUCUGAUAAUCCAGACCUUGGGUGGGGGUGGGUGGGGGAGGGCGUCGCUUGCUCGGCUUCCGAGCCGGCGCUGCCGCGGCUCGGAGUGCGUGACGAUGUUCUUGCCUUGGGCGGUGCGACCUCCCCCUGCCUCCCCCCCCCCCCCAAGUCUUGUCGCCAAGCACAACAAGGUCGGGGGGGGGGGGGGCUCCUUCGCCGGUGAUCGCUCACGGCAGCGAUACUUUUGUAGCAGCGCUAAUCGUACCACGGAUUCUCCCCCGCACCGAUCUCAAAUCGUAGGACACGGUGAUGCCUUAAAGAAAUGUUUUCGAGUAGUCGUCUCUCACGUAUCACACCCCCCACCGCUUGAUUGUUUUAUACCCGCUGGCAAAGUCACCCGACGAGUCGUCGUCAUCUCUCUUGGCCUUGUGUCUCGAGUUAAGAUGACCCUGACUGGCUGCUGCUGCUGCUGUUGCUGUCAGGCAAGGUAACCCAGCCCACACCCCCACCGCCACAACCCCCCCACCCCCCCCCAGCAGACGUGGUACCGUUUACCAUUUGAAAACGAAUGCGGGCGGGAGCGGUUAAGACAAGUCGGCCGGAUAUACUGUAUAUUUAUGGCGCGGGGGGUAACUCCUGGACCUUGGCAAACUCCUAGAGCCGGUCGUGGCAUUGCCGCUGUCACGCCAGAUUUAUUUUUAAUUUACGAGUUUGGCGUGGGGGGGGAGGGGGGCGUGGGAGGUUGGCGGCGGCGGCGGCGGCGGCGGUGUAGUGGCCACUUUAGAUGAGCAGCAGCGGCGGCGGCAGGGGGUGGUUGCCUGGGUUUCUCAAAUCCUUCCUCGAAUCGGCCGCCUAAACAACGAUUCGGCCACAGCACACUCGGCCUCCGCUGAGCUAGUGGUCUGGACAAGGCUGUGGGGGGGCGGGGGCAACGUAGCUAGGAGUUGAUGGGGACCCCCCCCCCUCCCCCACCAGGGCCUCCUUCCUGCGGGUUGGUGUUAGCAGCGCACCGUUUGCGCGUCGCCGAUUCUCACGGAACACGCCAGGAGGGAGGAGGAGGUUGGGGGUGGAGGGGUUGGUGUUAGGACCCAGCCAUCGCUGCUGUGUUUCACCACCCACCCCCCCUGCUCCUCAGUGCUGCCUGCUGCCCCCCCCCCCCACUCCUCCAGCGGACACUCCAUUAUCGAUAACACGCCCGCGUGGUUUGGAGUUGCUGGGGUGGUGGGGAGGUCUCUGGGAGUUGUUGGCAAAUCUUUGUCGGUUCAUCGUUGUCGGUUCAUCGUUGGCCCAUCCUUGGCUCGUCGUUGGUUCAUCGUCGUUGGUUCAUCGUCGUUGGUUCAUCGUCGUUGGUUCAUCGUCGUUGGUUCAUCAUUGGCUCGCCGUUUGUCGGUUCUCCCGAUCGGCGUGCGAGCGUCGCGGGCCCUGCUGCCGCCGGGCGUGAUCGUCCGCCUCUCCAGGAGUCCACGUGUCGGCCGGCAACAUUGCGUUUGCGAUGUUGCCGCCACCUCCACCGGAGAUUUUUAUUUUUACUUUUUCUAACCGGAAUUCACAGCGGUCGCUCAUUCUUGAAGCUUGCUUUUUUUUUGUUCGUGUUUCAACUGUUAACCGAUCGACGUCGAUAAUGCAAUGUCUGUAUUUUAGAUGAAAUGAAAUAUAUUUUAGUACAAUGGGGUUAAAGUAUUUUUAAUCAUGUAAUGGUUAAUUUUUAAUCUAGGUGUAUACAUUUUUCAAUAUGGUGUAAUUUUAUAACGAUUUCUUAAAGAGGCUGCGGUAUGGUGUUUCUCUGUGGGUGUAAUAUUUAAUUCCGAAUUAACGAUUUCCGUCGAGCUGUUUCGGUUUUUUUUUUGUUCCACCACCCACCCCCCACCCCCCCCCUUUCCUUUUUUGGUAGCGUACCGAUCGACGCGAAACGUAGCCGGGCGUCAGGGGAUUCGUUUUGCAAAGCCUCCCUCUCUUAACCGCACGCACACACACGCGCGCGUGCGUGCCGUGCACUACACUUGACACCAAUAAAACUUCUAUCCCAGGAACGGUUUGCCGUC